GGUUGUGUUCUCGAGGGGGACUCGGAAAUAGGGACCCGUGUCCAAUCAUGAUGCCACGCGUGACCCUGCCGUAACUUCAGCUUAGCGAGCACUGAUGCACUAGAACUCACGUACUUGUAUUACUGAAAUCUCUUCCAUUGUCUGACUGCCUUCCUGAGCACUGCACAUUGUCAGGAUGGCCGAAGCAUUUACGAAUUUCCUUGCCGGAUCACCUCUCAAUCGUCUAUCAUGGCUGAGGACAUCUCAUUCAUUCCUCAAUGCAGUCGUCGUCUCGCCUGCUACGAGGUGGAUCUUAUUCAAUGGGGGCCAGCCACUUGUCGCUUCUCAUACUGGUACACAGAAACGAAGUCUGGCGUUGUUGACCACCGAGGACGUUAGGCCCUUGCUCGGUGCCGAACCAUUCUUCGGUCAGGGCGAGCAGGAAGGGCAACUUUGCGCAUCUGAUUUAUCCGUUCUCGAGGCUGCCCGAGUCCGUGGUCCAUCAAUAGUAUUCCUUGGUCUGAAAGAGACGGAAAAUUCGGGAAAUGCUCUCCCAUCUUCCGAAUUCAAAGAUCCCCAUUCUGCUGUUGCGAAACUCACUGGAACCCCUUACUUUUCCGCGGAUGUCGCAGACCUCGAUGAGAGCAAGGUCAAUGAAGCCAUAGAGAACACCGAGCUUGCAAAGGAUGGGUCGACACUGACUUUUGUGGAGCCACGCGCAGCGAUGUCAAGUCUUGACGCGUAUACUGCAGCGAUCUUUGCGGAGGCUCGGAGCAUGGUAGAUUGGAACCAAAGAAACAAGUUCUGUCCUGCUUGCGGUUCGCCCGUAUAUUCCUUGUGGGCUGGAUGGAAGCUGAGCUGUACGUCUCUACUUCCCUGGGCCGAUAACACGGACAGGAAACCUUGUCCCUCCGGGCGAGGGCUGCAUAAUUUUGCUCAUCCUCGGACGGAUCCCGUCGUAAUCAUGCUCGCCAUAGAUGAAUCAGGAGAGAAAGUCCUCCUCGGGAGAAAUAAAAAAUUCCCCGGUCAAUUCUACUCCGCACUUGCUGGCUUCAUAGAGCCUGGCGAGUCCUUCGAGGAUGCCGUCAAGCGGGAGAUGUGGGAGGAAGCCGGAGUGAAAGUCUGGAACGUCCGAUAUCACUCUGGACAGCCUUGGCCCUAUCCAGCCAACUUGAUGGUCGGCUAUUAUGCGACCGCUGAUUCUUCUGCGCCAAUCCGUAUAGAUUUAGAUAACGAACUCGAAGAUGCUCGGUGGUACACCAGAGAAGAAAUUCUCGCUGUCUUGAGACAUUCUAGUGGAACUCAAUUCUCUCGCCGUGACUACAAGAAGAUCGCAGAGAUCCAAGAUGGUCCCGAUAACAACCCCGCAUCAGCGAAAUCAGAACAAUCUGUCGAAGUUAAUAACAACGACGAGCCGCCGUUCAGGAUACCCCCGCCAACCGCCAUCGCAGGCGUUCUCAUUCAGCAUUGGGCAGAAAAACACCAAUUCCAGAAGUGGAUGCGAACAGGUCUGUAGUCAAUGAUCGGCGAACAAGUAGAAGAAUGACAUAGAAGUAGAUCUAGAAGUUAGACAUAUAAAUAGAUGUGGGAUGCACAUGGUUCAAUCUAUUCAUU